GGGGGAUCGGUACAGUUAUUGGGGCUCAAGAGCAGAGUUGGCUGAUUUCCUCGACGAGGCAAGAUCAUCAUGGAGGUCGUAGGCCAGGUCGAGUGCGGCAGCGACAAGCUCGGGGAAGCGAAGUGCGUCCUAAGGGGCGCAGGGGCCAACAUCAAGAGAACGGGCAGCGUGUUGGCGUCAACGGCGAUCGACAUCGACACGGGGAUCAUCAAGCUGGUGGACCACAAGAACAAGAUAAUGCUCAGCCUCAGCAGGUGCAAGGCCCUGCAGGUCAAAUCGAACCAGGAGAAGCUAGCGAAUAGGAGGACUUGAUGUACCUGGCACACCAGAUGAGCAGCCUGUCAACGUGCAUCGCGGAGCUGCUCAGGGUGAAAGGCCUGCUUACGACGAGGCCUGUGGGUACGGACAUUGAGCCGCCGAGCAACAAGAGCUACGAGGGCAUGCGGAUGGACGGGCUGGCAUCGAACGAGACGAGCGACAGGAGCAGCGAGAAGCAGCAGACGAAGCAGCAGUUGCCAUGGUGGGAUCCUGAUGAUGAGGGAGUUUGGAUCCCGCAUGGAUGGAACGAGAAGAGGCCAGAGUUCUGGCUCGACUACGAGAAAAUCGCCAGCGAAAAGAAGAAGGAGGACGGCCUGGACAGUGCGAAGAAGACGAAGACCGCAUAGAACGCCAAGCAGCUGCCGACAGAAGAGGAGGUCGAGUUCACGAUUUCAGAGCUGAAAAAGAAGAUCGAGGAGCACAAGAAAAAGCUCCAAAAGUCAGCGUCGGCGACCUCCAGCGUGGAGGUGGAGGUUUAGCUGCAGCCGCCGAGAUUACGGAGCCCACGACGACCCCCAGAGACUUGAGAUGGGCCCCAGAGUCGUAGGAGCUCGGAGGCCCAGCAGGACCCACAGAGACGAGAGGAGAGCCUUCGACCUGCGGAUGAAGGCUUGCGCGACCGCAAAAAAAAAAUAAGUACCGGCCUAUCCCCCACAAGCCCAACCCUCCGACCCACUACAAAAGGAGGACCAACCCCGACACCAGAUGCAGUACAGUAUACUACGGAUCUGAAUAAGGUACGGAGUCAGGUACCAGCAGAUCUUCAGUAUGGGCGGCACUGAGAUGGGACAAGUAGGGUACCACGGGCAAUCACGAAAGGUUUCCUUUACCACGGCUUCCAGGGAAAGAAGUGAAGGCUGGUUUAUGUUUCUGUCGUAGUUUGACAGGGCCUUGAUUUUCCCGAGGUGAUGGGCCCACUUCCAAUCGGUUUUCCUUUCUUGUUGUGCGGAAUGUGUUUUGGUGUUCGUCUCCUUAUUCUCUCCCCCAUCCUCACUGAAGGGCCACAGGUGGUUGCCGGCGCUGAGGCAUAGAGCGCGACCAGCGCGCUCGCCGAGGCGCGGCCCCCUUGCUUGCUUCGCCCCCCUCGAGUAGUUAGUGAUAUGCCCCCCCUCUUGAGGGCGCUGCUCCACCUCGAGAGAGGUCAGCCACGCCUUCCCUUCUGUCUAGGAAGGCGGUCUUGCGUAAGAAGCCCUCCUGCGGCGGGGCACGCCCGCCCCGCGGACUCUGAGCGGGCCGGGCGGCGCCCCAGGCGGACUUGGGGGGCGCUGCCCCCGCCCCGCUUCCUUAUCUUUCGCUGGGGCUUAGAUUUGUUGCAGUAGGAGUCUGAGGGGCACCCCCUAUGCGCCUUUGCCUUUGCCGUUGCCUCCCCCACGACUUUUUCGCGCGG